AUGACGUCUUCAAUUCGCACAGCGCCCUGGCGCACAUGCCAGUCCUUAACCCGCCAAACUCUCCGCGCUCCAUCCAAUACCCGCCACAUCUCCACGACGAACUGCCUCCGAUCAAUCAAAAAUGGUGCCACCAACCCUCUCCGUUCCCGCGCCGCCGAAAGCCCCAAGGUUGAAGAUGCCAAGUACCGAAGGUCUGUUGUCUGGUCUGCAGCUGGAAUUGUGGCCAGCGCAGCGGCUAUGUAUGGAGUGGUCAAGCUGGAUCUGUUUGGCCUGGAACAACUCGAGGCCGGAAAGAACGACACCGCGUCGAAGCCUCACGAAGCUACAGUCGCAACAUCAGAAAGCCGCGCUAUGAAGAUGGACGGACCUCCUGGAUUCCCGGCUGACGGUGGCCCUUCUGUGAUUCCUCUUCACGGCCAGGAUAAUGUCGACCAAAUCGAGACCGGCACCAGCUCUGUUCCUCAUUUCCCUACCACCAUUCGCUUACCGUCGAUUACUGGAACGGAGAACAAGAAACCUGGAGAUGAGCUGUCAACGUCUGAUGGAGACGAAUACCAGCUAUUGGGAUUAGGCAUUCGCACUGUAUCAUUCUUGUCGAUUCAGGUGUAUGUUGUUGGACUAUAUGUUGCCAAGUCGGAUAUCACAGAGCUGCAGCAACGUCUCGUGCACACAGCAGUUCAUCCACCUGUCUCAGACGAUGUCGCGGCUGUCUCCGGGGUUGGUGCUGAAGCCGCUACGUCACUGGUAUCCCCGGAGCGCCAGCAGCUUAGAGAGCUGCUUAUGGAUCCCGAGCACGGUGAUGCGGCCUGGACAGCUCUGAUCAAGGAGAAUGGCAUCCGAACUGCCUUCCGAAUUGUGCCUACGCGCAACACUGACUUUUUGCACCUUCGUGAUGCCUGGGUCCGUGGUAUCACCGCCCGCGCGCAGAUGAACAAGUCUGCUUCCGGAUCGGAAUCACAGGAUAUGGCCUUUGGGUCCGCGAUCAAUGAAUUCAAAGCCAUCGUUGGUGGUGGCCAAGCUAAGAAUGUCAACAAGGGCCAGGCUGUGGUUCUUCUGCGCAAUGCCCAUGGUGCCCUUGAUGCGCUCUUCCAGCCUGAUCCUAAGGCGACCCACUGGAUGGGUCGUGUCAACGAUGAGCGGAUUAGCCGAUUCGUGUGGCUCAACUACCUGGCUGGAAAGAAGGUUUCCAGUGAGGGUGCACGGAAGAGCAUCGUCGAUGGGCUCAUGACUGUUGUUGAGCGGCCUGUCGGAACCGUCACGCAGAGAGUCGUUUAA